AUGUUUUACCUUCCUUUAUGUACAUUGUCGUGGUGUCGUCAACACGUGUUUUUGUCGCAGGUGAACUUUACGGUAGCGGAAAUCCGUCGGCUUAUGUCGAAAAACAAAAACAUUCGAAAUAUGUCUGUGAUUGCUCACGUUGACCACGGCAAGUCGACACUUACGGAUUCUCUUGUCUCCAAAGCUGGAAUCAUUGCGGAGUCCCGUGCUGGUGAUGCUCGCUUCACUGAUACUCGCAAAGAUGAACAAGACCGUUGUAUUACCAUCAAGUCAACCGCUAUCAGCCUUUAUAAUGAACUUACCACUGAGCAGUUAGAUUUUGUGCGGAAGGUGCAACCGGUUGACAAGGACGAAGCUGGCAAAGACGAAUGUGGCUUUUUAAUCAAUCUAAUUGAUUCGCCGGGCCACGUCGAUUUUAGCUCCGAAGUAACAGCUGCCUUACGUGUCACUGAUGGGGCACUUGUAGUUGUUGAUGCCGUUUCAGGCGUCUGUGUUCAAACGGAGACCGUACUUCGUCAGGCUAUUGCUGAACGUAUUAAACCGAUUCUAUUUAUGAAUAAGGUUGAUAAGGCCCUUAGCACUAUGGGACAGGAUCCGGAAGCCCUGUACCAGCAUCUCGCAAGAGUUGUGGAAAACGUAAACGUUAUUGUGGCGCAAUUUAGUGAGCAUGACGGACCAAUGGGCGACGUCACUGUGAAUCCCGCUAAUGGUACCGUAGGCUUCGGCUCCGGUCUGCAGAGCUGGGCCUUCACUUUGCAUACGAUGGCCAAGUUCUACGCCAAGCGCAUGGGUAUCGAUGCUGAUAAGCUGCUGCCCCGAUUGUGGGGAGACAACUUUUUCAAUUCACAGGAGAAAAAGUGGCGCAAAACUAAGAGUUCUCCCGAGGAUGUACGAGCAUUCGUUCACUUCAUUCUCGAUCCAAUCACAAAAAUUUUCCGCGCAGUUCAAGACGAAGAUAAGGCAAUGAUACAAAAAAUGCUAACGGCAAUUGAUGUUAAACUUAACUCCGAGGAACAGGAUCAGCCGGCCAAAGUCCUUCUGAAAACCAUAAUGCACAAAUGGCUACCUGCGGGUGAUUGUUUACUGGAAAUGAUUUGCAUCCAUCUUCCUAGCCCGUUUGUAUCACAGAAAUACCGAAUGGAGUUGCUAUAUGAAGGUCCGAAAGAUGAUGAAGCGGCCAUGGGUAUCAAGAAUUGUGACCCCAGCGCUUGCCUCAUGAUGUACGUCAGUAAGAUGGUCCCAACUUCUGAUAAGGGACGUUUCUAUGCAUUGGGUCGUGUUUUUUCUGGCACGAUUGCAACUGGCCAAAAAGUUCGCAUCAUGGGACCCAAUUACGUGCCCGGUAAAAAGGAGGACUGUUGCGAAAAGUCUAUUCAGCGCACAAUUCUCAUGAUGGGUCGGUACACAGAAGCUAUCGAGGAUGUACCAUGUGGAAAUAUUUGUGGCCUCGUCGGUGUUGAUCAGUUUAUCGUUAAGACGGGCACUAUUACGACAUUUGCUGGCGCACAUAAUAUGCGUCAAAUGAAAUUUAGCGUAAGCCCUGUCGUUCGUGUUGCCGUCGAUUGUAAAAACCCUAGUGACUUGCCGAAAUUGGUUGAAGGCCUUAAGCGGCUUGCGAAAUCCGACCCUAUGGUCCUCAUCCAAACCGAGGAAUCUGGUGAACACAUUAUUGCCGGCGCUGGCGAACUACAUCUUGAAAUCUGCUUGAAAGAUUUGGAAGAAGACCAUGCCUGCAUUCCAAUCAAGAAGUCUGAGCCAGUGGUGUCUUACAGAGAGACAGUCACCGCUGUCUCCUCCGUCCAGGCUCUGUCGAAGUCUCCAAACAAGCACAAUCGUCUCUUUUUCAGGGCCGAGCCUUUGGGAGAGGAUCUAACCAUCGACAUUGACGAGAAUGUUGUUUCUGCCAAACAGGAUCCCAAGGCCCGUGGCCGCGUUCUCACCGAAAACCAUGGUUGGGAUGCCACUGACGCUCGUAAAAUUUGGUGCUUUGGACCCGACCGUACCGGUCCCAACGUGGUGGUAGAUGUCACCAAAGGUGUACAAUAUCUGAAUGAUAUCAAAGACAGUGUCGUUGCCGCUUUCCAGUUUGUAACCAAGGAUGGUGUGCUGUGUGAGGAAACCAUGCGUGGUAUUCGGUUCAACAUUGAGGAUGUCGUCCUGCACGCUGAUGCUAUUCACAGAGGUGGUGGUCAGAUUAUACCUACUGCGAGACGAUGCUUUUAUGGCGCUUGCUUGACCGCGUCGCCUGCCAUAAUGGAGCCCAUUUAUGUUUGCGAAAUCCAAACCCCGGAGGAUGCGUUAGGCGGUAUCUACAGUGUCCUUAACAAAAAACGCGGUGUAAUCUUCAGCGAAGAACAGACUCCUGGCACCCCCAUAUACAUAGUGAAGGCACACCUACCCGUUAACGAGUCUUUUGGUUUCACGGCUGAACUUCGCGCUGCUACAAGCGGGAAAGCUUUUCCACAGUGUCAGUUUGACCACUGGCAAUUGUAUCCUGGAAAUCCUCUUGACCCCAACUCCAAGCCAGGUGCCCUCGUCGCCAGCAUAAGGAAACGCAAGGGCAAGCCGGAGGCAGUUCCUAGCAUUGACAACUAUAUUGAUAAACUGUGA